AGGGAGCAGGGCUUACACUGCUUCACCCGGCAACUGCAGCCUUCCUGUGAAAUUCAUCUUUAGCUUCUCCUCAGUUAGGCUGGUCUGAUUCUUCACUUUGGGGGUAUGAACAUGGUGAGCAGAUUUUACUGUAUGGUUGAUUCCUUUCCCCCACCCUUCUUCUAAAUGCUUCCCUGGACUGAUUGAUGAAUCAUUCCUCAUCUGGUCCCACUAUUCAGAGGAUAGAAAUGGAAAAUGUAAUCUCAUGCAGCAGGGAUGGAUUUUUUAAAAAAAGUCUCUUGCAAUAUGAAUCGUGAAAAAAUCCUUUAAAAUCUGUCUGCUAGGAACAGCCCACAGUUUUUAGAAUGAAGUGCACUGCAUACAAGGAAUGGUACUAUCCUCAGGUAAAGCAGACAAGCAGUGUGCAUCAUGAUGGAGCGUGCCUGUAAGGUGAAUAAGAAAAUGUAGUGGACAGAAGCAAGGAAGAGAAACCUCAAGUGGUGGAACGGAGGGUUCUCUCUGCUUGGGAUUUCACCCUCCCUGUCACGCUGCCUCACAAUGUCAAAGAAGAGUGCUAGCAGCCGAGCUAAGGGAGAAAAACCUGAUGCCUUAGCUGCCUUACAAGCUGCCAAUGAAGAGCUCAGGACAAAACUCACAGACAUUCAAAUAGAGCUCCAACAAGAAAAGAGUAAGAUCAGCAAGUUGGAAAGAGAGAAAAACCAAGAAGUUAAACAGAUCAAAGAGCACGAACAGCAUAAAAACACAGUCUUGGUAACGGAACUUAAGGCCAAACUUCAUGAAGAGAAAAUGAAGGAACUCCAGGCUGUUCGAGAAGCACUUUUGAGACAGCAUGAAUCUGAGCUUCUUAGAGUCAUAAAGAUUAAAGAUAAUGAAAACCAGAGAUUACAGGGCCUUCUUAAUGCUGUACGAGAUGGGGCUCCUGAUAAGGUUAAAACAGUGCUUUUCACAGAAGCAAAAGAGGAGGCCAAGAAAGGGUUUGAAUCUGAGAAAAUAAAAAUGCAGCAAGAAAUUUCAGAACUUAAGGGAGCUAAGAGACAAGUGGAGGAAGCCUUAACUUUGGUCAUUCAAGCUGACAAAAUUAAAGCAGCAGAGAUAAGGAGUGUGUAUCACUUACACCAAGAGGAAAUCAGCAGGAUCAAGAGAGAAUGUGAAAGAGAAAUUCGCAGACUGAUGGAGGAGAUAAAAUUUAAAGACAGAGCAGUCUACGUGCUGGAAAGAGAGUUAGGGGUUCAAGCCGGGCAUGCUCAGAGACUUCAGCUCCAAAAGGAGGCUUUAGAUGAACAACUUUCCCAGAUCAAAGAGUCUGAUCGGCAUCUGAGCAGCCCCAAACGGGAACUUCCUUAUGCAAGUGGUGCAGGAGACGCUUCAGAUCAUUCAGGAAGCCCCGAACAGCAGCUGGAUGAAAAAGAUGCCCGGCGUUUCCAACUUAAAAUUGCUGAGCUAAGUGCAAUCAUCCGGAAACUGGAAGAUCGGAAUGCAUUGCUGUCAGAAGAAAGAAAUGAGCUUUUAAAACGUCUAAGAGAAGCAGAAAGUCAGUAUAAACCUCUCCUGGACAAAAAUAAGCGUCUCAGUAGGAAGAAUGAAGAUUUAUCCCAUGCCUUACGUCGAAUGGAAAAUAAAUUAAAAUUUGUAACUCAAGAGAACAUAGAAAUGAGACAAAGGGCUGGGAUAAUAAGGAGACCAAGCUCUUUAAAUGACCUUGACCAGAGUCAAGAAGAAAGAGAAGUUGAAUUUCUGAGGCUACAAAUUAUUGAACAGCAAAAUAUCAUAGAUGAACUCUCUAAGACUCUUGAAACUGCUGGCUAUGUGAAGAGCGUAAUAGAACGGGAUAAGCUUUUAAGGUAUAGGAAACAAAGGAAGAAAAUGACAAAACUCCCUAAGAAGCCGGUUGUGGAGACAUUUUUUGGCUAUGAUGAAGAAGCUUCUCUAGAGUCUGAUGGUUCUUCUAUCUCGUAUCAAACUGACAGAACAGAUCAAACUCCUUGCACUCCUGAUGAUGACUUGGAAGAGGGCAUGGCCAAAGAAGAAACAGAACUGAGAUUUCGGCAGUUGACAAUGGAAUAUCAGGCUUUGCAACGAGCAUAUGCUUUGUUGCAAGAACAGGUCGGAGGAACAUUGGAUGCAGAACGAGAAGUUAAGACGCGUGAGCAGCUCCAAGCAGAAAUACACAGAUCACAAGCUCAAAUAGAGGACCUAGAAAAGGCACUUGCUGAGCAGGGACAGGACAUGAAGUGGAUUGAGGAGAAGCAAGCAUUAUAUAGAAGAAAUCAAGAACUUGUAGAAAAGAUAAAACAAAUGGAAACAGAAGAAGCUCGGUUAAAACAUGAUGUUCAGGAUGCUAAAGAUCAAAAUGAACUCCUGGAGUUCAGAAUAUUAGAGCUUGAAGAGAGAGAAAGAAGAUCACCUGCUAUCAACUUUCAUCACAUUCCUUUUACUGAGGGAAAAAGUCCUCUCCAAGUUUACUGUGAGGCAGAAGGUGUAACGGAUAUACUAGUAGCGGAGCUAAUGAAAAAGUUGGACAUUUUAGGGGAUAACGCCGUAAGUAAUCUGACCAACGAGGAGCAAGUAGUUGUCAUACAAGCAAGGACAGUUCUGACACUGGCUGAAAAGUGGCUACAGCAGAUCGAAGUGACAGAAUCUGCACUACAGCAAAAGAUGCUAGAUCUUGAGAAUGAAAAGGCGCUAUUUAGUAAACAAAAGGGCUACUUGGAUGAUGAACUUGACUACAGGAAACAGUCUUUGGAUCAAGCACACAAGCAAAUUCUGGAAUUAGAAGCCAUGCUAUAUGAUGCCCUGCAGCAGGAAGCUGGAGCCAAAAUGUCUGAAAUUCUUUCAGAAGAGGAGAAAAACAAGCUGAAGAAUGCUGUAGAGCAAUGGAAACGCCAAGUUAUGAGUGAACUCCGAGAGAGAGAUGCCCAGAUUCUGCGUGAAAGAAUGGAGCUCAUUCAACAUGCACAGCAGAGAAUUAAGGAGCUAGAAGAAAGAAUUGAAGGUCAAAAAAGACAGAUAAAAGAAUUAGAAGAAAAGCUUUCAUUCUUUGGUCAUAGUUCAUCAGCCCAAGUACAGAUGACUACUGAGGAAGCUAGAAAUGCUUAUAUUCUUAUUGAGCAAGACAGCCUUGGUUACCAAGGUGAAAUAAAAAAGAAGACAUUACUAUUUCUAGAAGCCCAAAUAUAUAUUUUGUCACUGAAGACUGAGGAUAUAAUCUUUUUGACCCUUUUAGACAAUGAAUUAAGAUGUAUGGGAAUUUCUUAAAGUGGAGUCUGCUCUUCUGAUGUCUAUGACUGUACAUUUUUAUAAGCUAGAAUUAGAACUGUCUAAGACGAAAGCCAAAAAAAAUUAAAAAAAAAAUUAACAAUUACAGGCUUCUCUAAAGGAAGCCCCGUCUCUGCUGCUUGAAACAACUUUCAGCUUUACAUAAAAAGCAGUAUACUAAUUCAGAUAAAGUGAAUAUAUUUUGGUUCCCUGCUAAGCAGGUAGUAAACUGCUUCUGUAAAGAAGUGAUCAUGUCCUGUUUUAUACGUCACUCAUGUAUAUGUGUUACUCAUAGUUAUUUAAAUACAUGUCUUAAAGGAAGAUUUUAAAAAGAGUUCCAGACUAGUCUAUGAUGAAAACAUAAAUGUGAAUGAAAUGAAGCAUUGUAUUCCAAGAUGUUUUUCCUUCAGUUGAAAUGGGAAGUAGAAUUAAUUCAUCUGAUAAUUUCAGAAGAAUGUAUUUCUUUUCCAUAGCACAGGGUAUGUAUGAUGAUUUGUUAAAUAUCCCAAGCACUUAAUGAUGGUGGGGAGGUGUGUCUACAAAGUUCUGAACCUUCAGAAUGUGAAGGUUUCAUUUUGUUCUGAAGUUUCAGCAAACUAUGCUCUGUAACACUAAGAGAAAAAUGGCACAAUAACGUAUAAUGCACUUAAGUUCCUCAAUGAAGAUGAAGCAUUCAGCAGUGUCUCGUGGAAACUUUGAACCUGUAAAGGGAAUAGAAGUGAAAAUGUGUCGUCACUGAUCUGAAUGUCCAGAAUGCUGGAAGAUGGGAAUGUGUGUAAAAAAGAAGAUUUAAUUAAUUUGAGACAAGAAAGCACAAGCAAGGAAGGUGGGAAUCCCUGAUUGUAUCUCUUGGAUUUAAAUGUCAGAAAAAUGAAAAAAAAAAGUCUUCUGUAGAAAGAUACACAAAGGAAAGACUCUGAAAGAAAGCACACAAAUGUACUUCACCAAAAAGUAACAAGAGAAAUUGAAACAAAGUGCCAAAAUCUGGAUUUACCAAUGAAUAUAUAAAAAGCAUCUCAUCUGGCCUUUUCCACAACUGCUGUGUAUCUAAAAUAGGGAGCAGAGAGAUGAUGAAGAAACUGUACCUAUUCUUUGGGAAGCAUAACUGAGAAAGCAAAACUAAAGAAGUUACUGAAAGGUAAGAAGAAAUGUCUAGCAGAUCAUUGAUUUGCUUACACUUUUGUAAGUACAAGAAUAGGGUUUGAUCCUGCAGUCCUCACUCAAGCCAACAUUGUUUUAAGUACAGUAUAGAGGAAACUCUGACCUAAUCAGUAUUUGUUGUAAAUGUUAUGUAUCCACUUUUCAUUUUAGGCAGAGGCCUCAUGUAUAAUAUUUCAGUAUAAUAAAUAACAAAUGAUCAUUUUAUUCUCUAGAUCCAUGUUUCCUCUUAAUCAAAAAUACUUUUAAACUUAUCAAAGACUAUCAAAUUUGUACAAACCCACAGACAAUCAUAUACAUGUAACAGAUGUGAAUAGUUGUUUCCUUUUGGGAUAUAAAAGACUGAAAACUUUCC